ACCCCUCUCUCUAUCACUUCCCCAUCAUCCCCCACACUCCUCUCUGCAAUACCCAUUACCCACUGCAUCUCUCUCUCUCUCUCUCUCUCUCUACAAACCCAGUACUCUCUGAUAACCCACCCACUGCCUCUUGUUUCCUUUCAACUGGUAUUCUAAUUGACAAGAUGACGGUUGAGAAGGAAGACUUGGGUCUGAGCCUGAGCUUGAGCUUCCCACAGAAUCGUACUAGUUCAGUGCUUCAGCUGAAUCUCAUGCCUUCUUCUUCUUCUUCACCUUCGGCACCUUUCGUUACUCAAACCCCCUCUUGGAUCGAUAACUUCCCUUCCUUGGAUCGAAACACGGACGCAUGCAGGGGCGAGGUCAGGUCGUUCCUGAGGGGAAUCGACGUGAAUCGGCUGCCGUCGACGGCGGCCGACGGCGAGGAAGAGGCCGGAGUCUCGUCGCCGAUCAGCACGGUGUCGAGCGUGAGCGGGAAGAGGAGCGAGAGAGAUCAGGGGAACGGGGACGAUAACGAUAACGAGAUGGAGAGGUCUUGUUCUCGCGGGAUCAGCGACGAGGAGGACGGCGACGCCGCCCGGAAGAAGCUCCGGCUGUCGAAAGACCAGUCGGCCGUCCUCGAAGAGAGCUUCAAAGAACACAACACUCUCAACCCCAAGCAGAAGCUAGCCUUGGCUAAACGUCUAGGCCUCAGACCGCGUCAGGUGGAGGUGUGGUUCCAGAACAGGAGAGCAAGGACAAAGUUGAAGCAGACUGAGGUUGACUGUGAGUUCCUCAAGAGAUGCUGCGAGAACCUGACCGAAGAGAACCGGAGGUUACAGAAGGAAGUUCAGGAGCUGCGGGCCCUCAAACUGUCCCCGCAGUUCUACAUGCAGAUGACCCCACCCACCACCCUCACCAUGUGCCCUUCAUGUGAGCGUGUCGCGGCCCCGCCUCCUCCCUCCUCUUCCGGCUCACAACCAAUGCCGGCGGACCGCCCUCGGCCCCACCAGAUGGGCCACGUCCACACUCGGCCCGUCCCCGUCAACUCCGUCAACCUGUGGGCCGCCUCCGGCCCGUCUCACACCUUCACCGGCCGUUCAAUGAUUCCCUCGCUCGAUCGCAAUAGCCUCGUCGGUCCAAGGGCCUAACGGUCACUUGAAUAAUCUAAAUCGUAAUCUCAGCAUUUACAUCAUGGGUUAAUUGGAAAGAAGAAAAAAUGUAAUCUAUAUGGGGUCGAUCGAAGAUAUGAUUUCGCGGCGGAUGUGAUUUGGUGGGUCUCCAUAUGUUUUGUUUUGUUCACCCACUUUCGUGACUGUUUAGUUUUAGUCUUAAUUUAAGUACUACUAAUUUUUAGUACUUUUAAAAAAAAAAAAAUGAGGGGAGAGAGAAAUAGAAAUGGUGAUGGGUAGGAGAGGGACUUUGGACGGUUGUAAAGUGAAUUAGUAUUUAUGACUAAUUUAAGUUAGUUUUAUUGGUUUAAAUAUUACUAAGUGAUGAGUAAAACUAUCCUGAUUUUAUGCAA